GACGCAUCAUCUGUGCAGUGGUGGAAACAAUAUCUCCUGGUUGCAGUCCGACAGCGCAGCAAGCAGCAUUUCCACUUUGUCUCAGAAACUGCUGUUUUUGUGACGAGGCGAUGUGGAUUUACAAGCUACUUUUCGGACUCUUCGUCAUUUCUUGUUCUGAGGGGAGGAGAAAUGCGCUCCAGGACUACCAGACUGAUGGUAUCCGACUGGUUGCCGUGUCUGCUGAUUCCUCCCACAUGACCAAAAGCAAGAAGCUGAGUAUGGCCAAGUGUGCCAAAGCCUGCAGCCGCAACAGAAGACUCCCCUUCACCUGCAGAGCAUUCCUCUAUGAUCAUAAAAACAGGAAAUGCCAGUGGCUGUCGUUCGACUGGAACUCAACAGGCGCUCAGAUCCAACCGGACUUCAACUACCAACUCUAUCAAAAGAAAGACUAUGUUAGGGAGUGCAUUGUGGGUACAGGUCAGAGCUACAGGGGGCAGAGGUCGGUGACAAUGAGUGGGAUCCUGUGCCAGGCCUGGGCCUCUCCCAUUCCUCAUGAACACAAAUUCAUGUCUAAGAGGUUCAGGAAGAAGGAUCUCCGAGAAAACUACUGUCGCAACCCAGACAACUCCACUGUUGGUCCAUGGUGCUUUACCACUGAUCCUCGACCACACCUCAGACACCAGGAGUGUGGCAUACCACAGUGUUCACAAGUUGAGUGUGUGAACUGUAAUGGGGAAGAUUACAGAGGACCUAUGGACCACACAGAAAGUGGAAAGGAAUGCCAGCGCUGGGACCUGGAUGUACCACACAAACACCUGUACCACCCUAAGAGGUACCCUGACAAGGGACUGGAUGAUAACUAUUGUAGGAACCCAGAUGGACGCCACAGACCCUGGUGCUUUACCACGGACCUAAACACACCCUGGGAGUACUGCAACAUCAAAGUUUGUGCAACACCUCAUAAAAGCAAUGAGGUGGAAACAACUGAGUGUUACCAGGGCAGAGGAGAAGGUUAUAGGGGGACAGUAGAUGUGUUGCCCACCGGACUCACCUGCCAGCGCUGGGACUCUCAGUAUCCCCAUAACCACACAUUCAUACCACAAGCCUACCCUUGCAAGGACCUGCGAGAAAACUACUGUCGGAAUCCAGAUGGCCAAGAAUUCCCCUGGUGUUUCACUACAGACCCAAGAGUCCGCACAAUGUUCUGCACCAACAUCCCUCAGUGCGGCACCCAAAACAAGCCCGCCAGUGACUGCUAUGUCAACAUUGGAGAGAAUUACCAAGGAGAGCAGUCAAAGACUAGAUCAAAACUGCCCUGUGCUCCCUGGAGAGACCACAGCAACAGUGGCGAGAGGGGCAUGCUGGUGCCUGGCCUGGAGGGAAGCUACUGCAGAAACCCGGAUAAAGACAAGCAUGGUCCCUGGUGUUACACCAACAACUCUGCCAUUUCCUGGGACUACUGCGAUGUAAAACCAUGUGAUGCUUCACAGAACACCAUUCCACUGGAUGGGCCGCCCUUUGUAGUGUGUUAUGUCCAUAAGAGAACCAGGAUUGUUGGGGGUGGUCCGGUGGGCAUAUCAGACGGUAGCUGGAUGGUCAGCAUACAGAAAGGGUCAGUGCACUGGUGCGGGGGUUCACUAAUACGAGAUGAGUGGGUACUCACAGACAGACAGUGCUUCUCCUCAUGUGUUCCAGACCUCAGUGAGUAUCGGGUAUGGCUGGGAGUCUCAGAUAUUCGAGAGGGCGCUCCUGACUGGUCCAAGAGACAGGAAGUCAGCAUAGCUCAUGUGAUAUGUGGUCCUGAGGGCUCCAGUUUAGCCCUCAUAAGGCUGUCUAAGCCUGCCCUUCCUGCAGACAGUGUCCAUACAAUUCAGUUACCGGUAGAUGGAUGCUCCAUCCCAGAAGGAACAACAUGUAAAAUGUAUGGAUGGGGAGAGACCAAAGGCACUGGCCAUGAUGACAUACUGAAGGCGGUCAACCUGCCCAUUGUCAGUAAUGAGAAGUGUAGAGAGAUGCACAGAGGGAACCUCCACAUCACCAACACCAAGAUCUGUGCAGGAGGCAAGAGGAAUGAGGGAGUAUGUGAGAGGGAUUAUGGUGGCCCUCUUGUGUGUCAGGAUGGUGACAUCAGGGUUAUUGUGGGAGUGAGUGUCCAUGGCAGAGGCUGUGCUCGGGCCAACCAGCCUGGCAUCUUCAUCAAUGUGCCCUUCUACACACAGUGGAUCUACAAGGUCUUCAAAUAUUACCCCAACCCUCAAAUCGUCUAGAGACUCUAUAGGGGAUAAAACAGCACCAGGGGACGAAAUCAAACCUAGAGCUUCUACUUCUGUAAAUCCAGCGGUGCACUCAGGACACCUAGUUUCUAUGUUGUUCAUACCUAUAUAGCCUACAGAUCAAUAAGAAUCUGAUAUGAGGAUGCUUUCCUACUAGAAUGGAUGGUGAAACAUUGUGAUGUGAGAUUUAAACACAUCACAAUCAGAUACCAUACUGAUUCCUAAAGUCAUUGAUGGUAAUAAUGAAGAGUAAAAGUUGAUACUGUUCGUAUCUUAGACAUAGGAAAUGGACUGCUGAAGUGGUUAAUAGUAAAAGAUGGGACCCAAUACAAGUUGAAUGUUACAGUAACAAAUUAGAAUGUCUUUGACUGACCUGGGAGCAGACCAGACAAACAAACAUUUGUUUUCAUCCAUUUUCCAUGGGCAUCUUUUGGUAGCAAAUCCACCAGAGUGGUAUGUGUGCAUGUGAAUAUUUUUGAUUCCUGGCAUUACUUGAAUGUUUUGAACACCAAAGUGCAGUGGUUCAGCAGCUCCCUCAGUAGAGUACAUCAAUGGGCCACUUACAAGACUAUCCAGUGGUAGGGCAAUGUUAAGGGCAUUAAUACUAAGCUCCAUGCAUCUCCAGGGGCUUAGCUAAAGUGGUCCUUAUUGUACAUAGUAUUUUAAUGAGUGUAUUUGUGACACUCUAAAGGUGAUUUGGGUCUUAUAGAUCUAUGACAAGAGAAGUGAAUGUCGUGGUAGUCAGAUAAAUCCUUUACAGCGUGUUAUCUACAUUUCAGCUUUCAGUCAAGUUUCUGUGUCAUAAUGAUCAAUUUUCAGUAUUUUAAUGUUAUCACAAAGCCACUGACUGUAAAUAUGAACAUGCUCUUUGCAUUCUGUGUAGAUGAAAGGACUAUAUGGCUGCUCAGGCUUUAUAGGUUUUGAAAAAAAAGCAAAAAUGUAACAUUAAUCUGUACACACAAGCCGUAUGUGUUAAUUCAUCGUGGGUGUGUGUAUAUGUUCUGUGUGUGUAUCUGUUUUGUCUGCAGCAGUGUCAUUAUGCAAAAAGAAAACUGCAGAAAGAGAGACAGUGUGUGUGUGUGUGUGUGUGUGUGUGUGUGUGUGUGCAUGUUUGAGCCAGAGCUGAAUGAAUUAUCCUCUCCCUACACUCAGACCUUGGCAGACCUCCAAUUUCAAUCCACUCUGGAUAUUAGCGUCACAAAGUCUGUCACUUCAAACUUUGUCAUGGAAAAGAAGGGAUGGUCUUUCUAACUGCAUUGUCUGUAAAGGAUGUUUCACUGAAAUGACUGAAUGGCCCUCAAAACAAAUUAACACAUUUCUUUUAGCAGUGUAAUGAUUGAGAUGGCUUUAUAUUAUAACGACAUUAUGUGUUUAUAAGAGUGAGAGAAUGUGUGUGUGUGUGUGUGUCUGUGUGUGCGCGCGCACUGAAAGAUGCUGCAAGCUGCUAUAUUAAACAGGUUGUACAGUACUGUCUUAUGUACAUACAUAAUACAUUUUCUGUCAUCGUAUCCCAAUAUGCUAAAUGUUAAACCCAAUUUCAGCAAUUAUUUGAAAUGUUUUAUGAUGUCUGUCACUAUAUUAAAUGCCUUUUUUAUUCUAUGA